GCCCCUCUCUCUUACGGUUGCACCACAUGACCCCCCUGUUAGGACAGCUGCUGCCCCAUCACUGCUGACUCCCGUCGGCAGCUUCUUACCUUGACUCCAGUCUUGGCGGCAGAAACCACACGUAACCGUCAAAACGGGGAAGGAAGUUGCAUCCAGGAUGCAUGUAGUCAGGGAACCUGGGAAGAAGUACGGCAGGGAACCGAUACUGCAGGCCUGGGCCUGCUCUGCCCCCACGGGAAGAGGCUGGGCUGGCCCUGAAUCACCUGGAGGCAGGAGAUACACAGGAGGCUUGACAAGGUGCGGUGGAUUCACCUGGGUUUACAUCAUCCAGGUCACUGACGGCAGCCACCAGUGGACCGUCAAGCACCGCUACAGCAACUUCCAUGACCUGCACGAGAAGCUUGUGGCUGAGAGGAAGCUUGAUAAGAAUCUGCUUCCACCCAAAAAGAUCAUCGGGAAGAACUCGAAGAGCUUGGUGGAGCGGCGGGAGAAGGACCUGGAGAGCUACCUGCAGACGCUGCUGGCCACGUUCCCCGGCGUGGCCCCCAGGGUGCUGGCCCACUUCCUGCACUUCCACUUCUACGAGGUGAACGGCAUCACUGCGGCCCUGGCCGAGGAGCUCUUCGAGAAAGGAGAGCAGCUCCUGGGUGCCGGCGAGGUUUUUGCCAUCGGGCCCCUGCAGCUCCACGCUGUCACCGAGCAGCUGCGUCAGGGGAAGCCCACCUGUGCCAGUGGGGACGCCAAGACCGACCUGGGGCACAUCCUGGACUUCACCUGUCGCCUCAAGUACCUGAAGGUGUCCGGCACAGAAGGACCUUAUGGGACCAGCAACAUUCAGGAGCAGCUGCUGCCGUUCGACCUGUCCAUCUUCAAGUCUCUCCGUCAGGUGGAGAUCAGUCACUGUGACGCGAAGCACAUCCAUGGGCUGGUUGCGUCCAGGCCUACCUUGGCCACCAUGAGCAUGCGCUUUUCCGCAACCUCCAUGAAGGAGGUGCUUGCCCCCGAAACCUCCGAGUUCGAGGAGUGGGAGCCGGAGGGCGCCACCCCGGAGGGCCCAGUGGCGGCCGUCAUCCCCACAUGGCAAGCACUGACCACGCUCGACCUGAGCCACAACAACAUCUCGGAGAUCGAUGAGUCCGUGAAACUGAUUCCAAAGCUGGAGUUCCUGGACCUGAGCCACAAUGGCGUGCAGGCCGUGGACAACCUGCAGCACCUGUACAACCUGGUCCACCUGGACCUGUCCUACAACAAGCUCUGCUCCCUGGAAGGCCUUCACACCAAGCUGGGCAACAUCAAGACGCUGAACCUGGCGGGCAACCUGCUGCAGCGCCUGCAGGGGCUGCGCAAGCUCUACUCGCUGGUCCGCCUCGACCUCAGCGACAACCGCGUCGAGCAGAUGGAGGAGGUCCGGAGUGUGGGCUGCCUCCCGUGUCUGGAGUACGUGGUCCUGCUGAACAACCCCCUGAGCAUCGUCCCCGACUACCGUACCAAGGUGCUCGCCCAGUUCGGGGAGCGGGCCUCUGAGGUCUGUCUGGACAACACAGUGACCACAGAGAAGGAGCUGGACACUGUGGAAGUACUGAAAGCAAUUCAGAAAGCCAAGGAGGUCAAGUCCAGGCUGAGCAGCUCAGAGAGGAAGGCCGGCGAGGACUCCCGGCUCUCAGCAUCCCCCUGCGUCCAGCCCGGCAGCUCCCCGCCCACCAUGGUUCCCACCUUGGCCUCCCUGCCUCAGCCCAUCCUCUCCAACCAAGGGAUCAUGUUCGUACAGGAGGAGACCCUGGCCAGCAGCCUCUCAUCCAGUGACAGUCUGACUCCUGAGGACCGGCCCCUUGCCCAGGACUGCUCCGACUCCCUGGAGUCCCUCCCUGCGGGCCAGGCAGCUCCCGACCAUGACGUGAGGGACGUGCAAGGAGCUGAGGAGGAGGAGGAGGAGGAGGAGGACGCCACCGAGAACCGCUACUUCGAGAUGGGGCCCCCGGAUGUGGAGGCCGAGGAGGGCGGCCCCGGGGCGGAGGCACGGGGCGCCGCCGCGGGCGAGGAGGAGCGGCUGGCCCUGGAGUGGGCGCUGGGCGCCGACGAGGACUUCCUGCUGGAGCACAUCCGCAUCCUCCGGGUGCUGUGGUGCUUCCUGAUCCACGUGCAGGCCGCCAUCCGGCAGUUCGCCGCCUGCCUGGUGCUCACCGACUUCGGCCUCGCCGUGUUCGAGAUCCCGCACCAGGAGUCGCGCGGCAGCGGCCAGCACAUCCUGUCGGCCCUGCGCUUCGUGCUCUGCUUCCCGCACGGCGACCUCACCGAGUUCGGCUUCCUGGUGCCCGAGCUGUGCCUGGUGCUCAAGGUGCGGCACGGCGCGAACGCGCUGUUCAUCAUCGCCGACGCCGCCAGCCUGCGCGACUUCCACGCCGACCUGCGCUCGUGCUUCGCGCCGCAGCACCUGGCGCUGCUGGGCAGCCCCGCGCUCUACGGCGGCCGCGCCAGCCUGCAGGAGUUCCUGCGCCAGCUGCUCGCCUGCUACCAGGUGGCCGGCGGCGGCCAGGAGCGCAGCCAGGGCUGCUUCCCCGUCUACCUGGUCUACAGCGCGGGCGCGGCCGGCAUCGAGUGGGCCAGCUGCACGCUCUGCUCGGCCGUGCGGCGCUCCUGCUGCGCGCCCUCCGAGGCGGUCAAGUCCGCCGCCAUCCCCUACUGGCUGCUGCUCACGCCCGGGCACCUCAACGUGGUCAAGGCCGACUUCAACCCCAUGCCCAGCCGCGGCGGCACCCACGCCUGCCGCCACCGCAACAGCUUCAAGCUCAGCCGCGUGCCGCUGUCCGCCGUGCUGCUGGACCCCACGCGCAGCUGCACCCAGCCGCGGGGCGCCUUCGCCGACGGCCACGUGCUCGAGCUGCUCGUGGGCUUCCGCUUCGUCACCGCCAUCUUCGUGCUGCCCCACGAGAAGUCCCACUUCCUGCGCGUCUACAGCCAGCUGCGCGCCUCCCUGCAGGGCCUGAAGACCGUGGUCAUCGCCAAGGCCCCCGGCCCCCCGGCCCAGGCCGGGGCCAGAAAUGACCAGCGUCCUGAGGAGGCCCCCAACCCAGCAGAAGUCCCAGCUGUGGCUCCAGCAGAGGCUGAAGUCCCAGACCCAGCGAAGGACCCAGCAGUGGCCCCCGCAGAAGCCAGGACCCCAGCACUGGAGCCUGCAGAAGCCGGGGCCCCAGCAGUGGCUCCUGCAGAAGCCGGGACCCCAGCACUGGCUCCUACAGAAGCCGGGACCCCAGCACUGGAGCCCACAGAAGCCGGGACCCCAGCAGUGGCUCCUGCAGAAGCCGGGACCCCAGCACUGGCCCCGUCAGAAACCAGGACCUCAGUGGACAACGAGGAGCUGCGGCAUCUCGCCUGGUCAUCCGUGGCCUUCUACCAGACGCCGGCUCUGGAGGUCACCGCCUGCCUGCUGCUGUCCACUCGGGCUGUGUACCUGGUGCUGCAUGACAGCCUGCGCCACCACCACUCGGAGCCGCUGCAGGACUUCUGGCACCAGAAGAACCCUGACUAUGAGAACAGCCCCUUCCACGUCUCCCAGUGCUUCGUCUUACAGCUCAGUGACCUGCAGUCAGUUAACGUGGGGCUUUUUGACCAGUACUUCCGGCUGACGGGCUCCUCGCCGGCUCAGGUGGUUACGUGCUUGACGCGGGACAGCUACGUGACGCACUGCUUCCUGCAGCACCUCAUGGCCGUGCUCGCCUCGCUGGCACGCACGCCCUCGCCGGAGCCCGCCGACAGGGACUUCUACUCCGAGUUUGGGAACAAGAGUACAGGCAAGGUGGAGAACUACGAGCUGAUCCACUCCAGCCGCGUCAGGUUCACCUACCCCAGCGAGGAGGAGCUCGGGGACCUGGCAUUCAUCGUGGCCCAGAAGGGGACCGCUGAGGAGCAGCAGGCCCCGGCCCUCAGCCUCCUGCUCUGCGUGCAGGCCUUCCAGGUGGGCCCACCCCCGCCCGGGCACUGCAGGGCCGUGCUGCGACCCAAGACGCUGCUGCUGACCAGCGCUGAGCUCUUCCUGCUGGAAGAGGACUGCGUGCACUACCCGCUGCCCGAGUUUGCCAAAGAGCCCCCGCAGAGGGACCGCUACCGGCUGGCCGACAGCCGCCGGGUGCGAGACCUGGACCGCGUGCUCAUGGGCUACCAGCCCCACCUGCAGGCCCUCACCCUGGUCUUUGACGACGUGCAGGGCCACGGCCUCAUGGGCAGUGCCACCGCAGACCACUUUGGGGAAGAGGGGCCCGGGGGCCCGGGUAGGGCUGGACAGGGCCGUGAGGUCCAGUGGCAGGUGUUUGUCCCCAGCGCAGAGAGCCGAGAGAAACUCAUUUCUCUGCUGGCCCACCAGUGGGAGGCCCUGUGUGGCCGGGAGCUGCCUGUGGAGCUCACCGGGUAGCCGGCCCUGGCCCCCGGGGAUGCCGGCCUCCUCUGCCCUGUGCUCCCCUCCCUGUGGGCCCCUUCCUUGGACUGUCGGUGCAGAGCUGGGCACCUUAUGCUAUUGACGCAGCCGCCCUAGAGCCAGACGCCGGCCCGAGGGCUGGCCGUUCCCCCGUCCAGGGCCUGCGGCCGGCCGAGGGGUGGCCUGGCCGGCUGGUGGCGGCGGCAGUGUUGUCUGUGCCUGUCUGUCGUGGGACUGUGCUAACGUGGCGCUGUGGCCUGUGGUGCGCGUGCAUCUGUUCCGAAUGUCAAGUCCAGUCCUUUGUUGUUGUUGGCGGCGGCGGUGGCCAUUGGCCGCCCAUCAUGCGCUGGUAGCAAAAGGCCCCUGGAAAGCUCCGGCCCAAGCCCUUGCCCAGCGUGGCUUCUGUCCCCAGGGUAAGGGCCCUGGGGCUGCCAGUCUGUGCCCUUGUCUUUAUUCCAAUAAAGCGUCUCACUCA